UAAUUCGCGUGUCAAUUCAUAAAGCAAACCAAUCCUAACCGCACAAUCACUCAAUCCAACGGCCAGAUUUCUCCACUCAAGCCCUUCGUAGCCCACCAAAAAACUCCAGCCACGCGCCCCAAGUCCGCCACAAUCACGCUCGAGAUUUUCAUUCUUUCUAGAGGAAAACAAAAGAGAAGGAAAGCAAAAGGCAGAGAGGAGAGCAUUGGAAAGAAUUAGAUGUUGAAAGGGUUUUAGUAAGUUAGACUUGUGUUGCAAGAUAGAUCUUGUUGGUGGGUAACAGAUUGCAGGUUUUGUGAACACUUUACUAUCAUAGUAGCAGGUGCCUGAACUGAAUAAUUAUACGCAUUGGGCUUACACACUGAAUAAUGGCAGAUGGACUAUCAAGCUUCUGGGGUCCUGUCACUUCAACUGAUAGGUGUGAAAAAAAUUAUGUGUACUCUUCUUAUAUGGCAGAGUUUUUCAACACUAUGUCAAAUAUACCCUGCAUUCUUCUGGCACUUAUUGGCCUUGUAAAUGCCUUGAGACAACGGUUUGAGAAGAGGUUUAGUGUUCUUCACGUAUCUAAUAUGAUACUUGCCAUUGGGAGCAUGCUAUACCAUGCCACUCUACAACGUGUGCAACAGCAAGGUGAUGAAACACCAAUGGUGUGGGAAAUGCUCCUAUAUAUCUAUAUUCUCUACUCACCAGAUUGGCACUACAGGAGUACAAUGCCCACCUUCUUGUUUCUUUACGGUGCUGCAUUUGCAAUUGCUCAUGCACUGUUUCGUUUUGGAAUUGGAUUCAAGGUACAUUACAUUGUACUGUGCCUUCUUUGCAUUCCUCGGAUGUACAAGUACUACAUCCACACUGCAGAUGUAUCUGCAAAGCGGCUUGCAAAGCUAUAUGUAGUCACCAUAAUCCUAGCAAGUCUUUGCUGGCUAUUAGACCGCAUGUUCUGUGAGAAGGUUUCUGUUUGGUACUUUAAUCCCCAAGGUCAUGCAUUGUGGCAUAUUUUCAUGGGGUUCAACUCGUAUUUUGCAAACACAUUCUUGAUGUUUUGUCGUGCUCAACAGCGGGGAUGGAAUCCGAAAGUUGUUCACUUGAUGGGAUGUCUCCCCUAUGUGAAGAUUCACAAACCAAAAACCCAGUGAAGGGUCAAUGAAUGAGCAACUUUUAUUUACUCUUCUCUCUCACAUUUUGUUGGUAGGUGUAAGAUUUCGGGAAGUUUUAAACAAUAGCAAUCAUAAUUCUUUCUCGCCUCCUUCCGAACAUGGAUGUAAAUGAUCAUUAGAUGUCAUAUGAUCUGUUGAGAUAUUAGUUGGUAUUAACUGUAAGAAAAGUGUUUUUUUUUUUUUUAAUCGUUAUUUUCCGAUAGAGGAAGGAGAAGUAUUUGGUGGUACAGUAUAUUUUUUAAAAUAUGAUGAAUUGGGUAGCUAUCAGGAUUAUUGAAAGCUUGUAUUCUCAUUUUUCUAUAGAAGAUAUGCUUGAAUUUGUUUUUGCAGCA